UGGAAGUUGUCAGGAGUCAAAAAUUGGCCAGAAGGCAGGCAGCCAGGCAUGGCAGGUCUUUGUCUUCCAUCUCGGCGACAACGAUAGUUUUACGCGGCAUUAAAUGACCACGCAAAACAGCCUGGCAGGAGGGAGAAGAAUAACGCGAGCCGCGUCCUUUCGGUUCUGUUUGGAGCCAGCCGCGGUGACUUCCGCCUGAGCCGCCGGUUUUUGUUUUGUUUCUCGCACCGCUCCGCCCUCCGGGAAAAGCGGCCCAGGGGGCGGGAUCAACACGGGGUGGAUAAACUCCGUGGUCCCGGGGCGCAGUUGGCGGAGGCUCUAGCUAUGGCUUCUGCUUUCCAGGAACCGACGAUGCCCGUGUGGCUGACAGGGGAGGACCUGCAGUGCUCCAUCUGCCUGGAUCUGCUCAGCAACCCGGCCACGGUGGAGUGCGGCCACAGCUUCUGCCUGGGCUGCAUCCGAAAAUGGCUGAAGGGCCAGCACGGAAACAGCGAAUGUCCCAUCUGCAAGAGCUGUGUGGGCAACAAGUUGCCCGAACGCACCGUCUUGCUGAACUUGAUCUUGGAAAAGUAUAACUGCCUAGCUUCCAGCGACCCGCUUCCCACGGGGACCUCGCGUCUAGCGGAGCCGGGCUUCCCAGACGGGGAAAAACGCAAGCGGGACUUCUCCCUUGCCAGGCAAGGUUAUCAGGAUUAUAUAUUUCAAACCAGAAGCUCUAUUUCAGAAGCCUUCCGUUUUAUGAAAAAGUGCAUUUGUGAUCAAGAGGAAAUGGUGCUAAGGAUCAUUGAAGAAGAAUGGAAAGUGGCUCAACAAAUAACAGACUCCACUGACAAGCAGCUCAAUGGAAAAAUUCACAACGUUUUGGAUUUGCAGAAUAAAUUUGAAGAAGUGAUGACGAAAACGUCAUCAGGACAAGAAGCUUAUACUGGCGAUCCCAUUGAGAAGAUCAGCAAUAUUGCCGGUGCUGUUGAAGAGUUAAGGAGACAGCUGGAAGCAGCAAUUUUGAGGAAUUUCCCAGCGCAGCCAUCUCAGAAGCCUUCUCCAGGAACCAGCAACAAUAGUGAAGCUGCAGCUGAUGGAGCAGAAGAAAUGAUCCUUUCCAGUGAUUCCUUACCAAGGAAUGAUUCCGGCCAGGAAGCAAGCAUUUGUUCAUCAUCAACAUCAUCUCCUAGGGACAGAGAAUUGCGGAUGAUUUCAAGUAGAUUUUCUCAGUGGAUGUCCAUGGUUACUUUUGAUGAUGAAAGAGUUGGUUGCAGUCUUGAGCUCACAGGCAAUAAAAGAAAAGUGAGAGUGUCUCGUAGUCGCAAAGAAUAUGAACGUUCCACGAAGAGAUUCCGCAACAGUCAGGUGCUGGGUUCUCCGGGUUUCUCUGAGGGCUGCCAUUACUGGGAAAUAAACACCGAGGAAUCUUCUCUAUGGGCCAUUGGUGUUGCCAGUGGGGACAUUGGCAGAAGCGACCGACUAGGGAGAAAUGAAUUAUCCUGGUGCAUAGAAUGCAAUAUUCAACGUAUCUCGGCAUGGCACAACAAUCAAGAAAUCAACAUUGACCAAGAUAGGCCUUUGCGGGUUGGAGUUUUCCUUGACUUUCCAACAAAAAGUUUGUCUUUUUAUUCUAUCACGGAUAAAGAAACGUGCUUACACAAGUUUGAAAUCAAUGCAGCUUACCCUGUUUACCCUGCUUUUUGGAUUUAUGGUUUAAGGGUUGGUGAGAGUUUAACUAUAAAUGAUAUUACUAGGAAUUAACUUUACGCCACAAUUGUAUAUUGUCUUAAUAAGCAUUUGCCCUCUAAAGACUCUUUAAGAUUCUGAUGUUUUGCUAUUUGAAUUAUGAAGUGCAUCAUCUUUUCCUGCUUUCUGAAUGGAAAUGAGUCUUACACAGGGUGAGCAUGUUGGAAGCUUGCACUGUCACUGGACGGAGGUUAGAAAAUGCAGAGUUUCAAAAGAAGGUUUGGGUUUGGGAUGCAUAAAUAUUGCCAUCUAUCAUAAUCCCUGCAUAGCCAGUUACAGAUUGCCCUUGACAUACAAUAGUUUGUUCAGAAUCCAUUUGAAGUUAUGGCAAUGCUGAGCAGAGGAUUUACAACUGGUGCCCAAAAUUAUGGCCAUAGCAGCACCCCUAUGGUCAUAUGAUCAUAAUCUGGGGACUUGGCAAUCCAUUUGAGCUAAUGACCACUUGCCAAACAUCCUAUGAUCCAGAAAUGCUCCCGGUUCAGACUGGAUCACCCCAUCCUGUAGCAAUGGCGGCUGGUGAUUCGGAGAACCAGUAGCAAAAAUCCCUGUCCCCCCCCACCCAUGCCCCCCUAAUUACCCGGUCACCCGUUUGCUACUUCUUUUUAAAAAAUGCUUUUAAAACAUAAAAAAAAGGCUCUGACGAUCACAGCCGAGCCACGCGAUCGUUAGUCUUUUUUUUUACUUUUAAAAGCAUUUUUUACAACUUAUUCAGCCUGCAAUUUGGUAAGUAAGGAAGGGGAGGGAGCUUUAAAAAAAUAGUUAAUUGGGGUUUUUUUAGGGUUUGUUUUUUUUUGGCAUAGCAAUUUAAAGUUAAGGAAGUUUUAAAUUUAUCUAAAUUUAAAUUUUAUCUAAAAAUAUAAAUAAAAUAAAAUAUUUGUGCAGCUUUCUGAGAUUUGGUGUAUUUCUGUAGUGUUUCACUCUAACUACACAAACACACAAAAUCUCUCAAAGUUGUAUGUGGCAUUUUGUGUGUGUGUGUGUCAGUUGUGUUGUGUUGUGUUGCGUUGUGUGUGUGUAAAAUGUGAAAGUUGGUUUUUGAGCUUUUUGUGGCUAUGUGAGGUUCCUGCUUGUUGCAGGAGCCAUGUUGGGUGAAGUGCAGCUGCUUUUACAUUGUGUGUGAGUCAGUUGUGUUGUGGUGUGUGUGUGUAAAGUGUGAAAGUUGGUUUUUGGUACCUCUUAUUGUUUUGUGUACUUUAUUAUUUUUAUUAUUUAUUGUUACUGGCCACACCCACCAUCACCUGACCAAGCCAUGCCCACCAAUUAAGCCAUGCCCACCGAACCGGUAGGGAAAUUUUUUAAGAUUUCACCCUUGCUAUGCACCCUCCCCAACCUACACCACAACCUGCACUGCACUCCAUAUACUUUUUGACCCUCACCAUGCACCACUCCUCAAUCUACCUCUCACGAGCUCCCUCAUCCAGAAAAAAUUCCACUUAUUUUCCUGCUGGCCUGGAACUUGCAACUUCCUGCUGGAUUCCCUACUGAUUUUGGUUGUAGGAAGCCAGCAAGAAGUUGCCUCACCUAACAAUCAUGGGGUACAGUUAACAACAGCAACCAGGACUAUAGAGAUGCUGUUGCCUUUAUGACUGCAUUGCUUAGUGAUGAAAAUUCAGAUCCCAAUUGUUAUCAUAAGUUGAGGACUACCUAUUGUACAUUCAAAUGACUUUAUCCUUGUAGUACUAGAAUCAUGAUUGACAAUGGGGCUUACAGAAACACUUAGUAGCAAACAAUUAUCUAUGAAAUUGGAUGGAAAAAUCAGGCAGUUCGAUGUCACCUAAAUUUUACACCUAAUAUGUAUGUGGUAUUACUACUAGAUCUCUAGUAUGUAGUAUGCAGUAUGAUCUAGAUUUUAAUACUUUACAAUCUUACACUUCCAGUAAUUUAUGAAAUGUCAUCAAUUUUCUCAAAUUACUUUCAGUGCUGUAUUCAGUACAAUUUCCUGUCCUUUUGUAAGAAUAAUAACUUCACUAUUGUUACAGAGGGCCAGCAGGUAAUCCAAUAAUUAAAGUUUUCCAGCUUCUAGUUUUUCUUCACAACAUAAUUGAGAAUCCAUAUAACAUAGUUUUGAAGGAAAUAAAAAAGUAGAGAGACUAAGGAGACCCCACUUCUCCUCUAAACAUGAAAUUCAGAGACUAAUUUUUCCUAUUAUUUAUAUUCAACCCAGAUACUGUUUAGGAUUGAGAGAGGUUCCACGUGCGCCAUCUGAUGAAAAUCAGAAUAGAAGCAUUAUGAUAGAUAACAAUGUGGGGGAUAUUGAGCAGAUGUAGCAUUAUAUACAGUAUUUGCAAAGGAAUAUACUUCAGAGUCAAUUAUUUCAGAGUAUAUGAAGAGUUAUUGAAAUACUUUUAAAAUAAAUGGACCCAUAACUUGAUAACAAUGACAAAAGAAAAAAUUAGAAAAAUAAAAAUAACAAAUUUCUGGGAGAACCCUCACAUGUGGUACUUUGUUCAGUCCUGUAACUCACAUAUGAAGAAAUUCAGUAAGAACUUUUAUAGGAAUAGAGAUAGAUGUGAAUAAAUAAAACAAUACUGUGUCCCUUGUUUUAUUGAAUUUCAUCCUGCUUUUUCUGCAUAGUAUAUUUGAAAGUAGCCAGCUUACAAACAUAAUUUUGCUUGAUUAGUAAAGUUGUUAUUUAGUUAUAAUUUAUCUGUAUAUGUUUUUAUAAAUAUAUGUUUAAUAACCACUUUCCAGCAAUAAAA